AUGAUGUCAAGUAUAAAACGAAAUGGAAAAGUACCCCAGGCAGGUAGAACCAGUGGUUCACAAUCCUGUGCUGUUUUGGCAGUCAGCCCUACGGAUUCUGGGGAGGACACCUUGACAUUAGUAAGAAGGAGCGCUCCUUUAUUAAGGACAGCGACUCUGAGAAGAAAUCCCUCACAUAAAUCAAUUACAUCCGAUAACGCUACUAAAGUAAGAAACGAUAUCGAAGCUCAAGAAUCUAUUGAAGGUGACCGUACCGAGGAAACUCAACACGGACCAACGGUAGAAGUCAGUGCUGAGCCAGGUCAUGUCAGAAUAAACAAUAACCCGAAGAGAGUUACCUGGACCAAACAAGAAAUGAGGGAAUUGAUGUGGUGCUACCAGUAUUGUAAAGAAAAUACAAACGAAAAUUAUAAAAAUGUCUACGAGUUAUGGAGAAGACGAAACCCAACUAUCAGACCCCACAUAGAUGCAAAAAAGUUAUUAACACAAAAGAACUAUAUAGUUAAGAACCAAAAGCUAGUUCAAACUGAAAUAGAUGAUAUAAUAAGAGAUGUCAGAGGAACAGUACAAACACAUGCUGAAGGAGAAAAUCACGAAAACGAUGCUAACACAGCAGUCAACGAAUAUCAACCAGACGAGAGCCCAACCAAUGAAGAACACGACGUGGACCUCAGAGAUAAAUGCAAUGUAAGUGCCGACAACUCACUCGAAAAACAGAUCAUUGAGAAUUACAAUAAAUAUAAGAUAAUGGAGCUCAGCGCACGGAGCAGACUACCAAAAAUAAAAUUAAACUGCAAAAUACGGAGACUAAUUGAAGAAGCAAACUUAUUCAUCAUUGGAAACUUAAGAAAUAUAAGAAAAACCAAGGACGGUUUACUAUUAGAAACAAUUUCGGGACAACAAGCUAAAAGAUUAUUACAAAUACAAAAACUGGAUAACUUCCAUGUAUCAACUGAACCACAUAGAUCACUUAACUAUGCUAAAGGUGUAAUUAGGUGCCAAGACUUAUUAAAUUGUAGCCUAGAAAAGGUAAUAGAAGGAUUAGCUUCAGAAGGAGUAAUAGAUAUUAAACGUAUAAAGACAAAGAGAGAUGGUGAACUCGUCGACACAGCUAACUUAAUCCUUACGUUUGAUAAACGAAAAUUACCUCUGAAAGUUAGAGCUGCAUUUUAUUCAUUAAACGUACGACCUUAUAUCCCAGAUUUCGUCCGCUGUUUUAAUUGCCAAAGAUUUGGUCAUGUAUCGCUUGCAUGCACGAAACCUAAAAUAUGUGUAUGUGACAAACCACCACAUAUUGGACACAUUUGCGAAAACCCUGUAUGUGUUAAUUGUAAAGGUGAACACUCUGCAAGAUCGAAAAAAUGUCCGCGGAUGAUAAAAGAAAUCAAUAUAAAAACAAAAACUAUUGAAAAGAUUACCUAUGGUGAAGCCAAACGUAAAAUAACGAUCAGUAUGCCCAAUUCUGGCACAUAUUCCAAAAAGUAA